AUGAAGCCCUUUGCCAAACGAGUCAUUUUCCAGGCAUCGCGGGUGACCCUCGUCGUCGUAACAGUUUCCCUCGCUGUUCAGACAUACUUGGCGGGCUGGAAAAAGCCACAGCCUGUGGGUAUCGACUCUCGGCCAAUAUUUGACGAAAAAGCAGCUCCCCAGAGUCUCUGGGAUGAGAUCCAGCAGAAUGCGAACUUGACUAAAUUCGCCAAACUGGUGGGAGAAUUCGACGACAUUGUUGGUGGUCUUCGAGCACCCAGAGCCCAACUCACCGUCUAUGCGCCUACCAAUGAAGCCUUUGAGCACGAACAUUUCCCCUACGAUCUGCCAUGGUUCUACUGGAAAUUCCUAGUCGGAUACCACAUGGGCAAAGGAGGUAUCUCCUCAGAGGCAUUGCGCAGCCAAAACACCGUUUCAUCGUUCGUCAAUGCCGACAUCUUCUUCAAGAACCAGCAGCGAAUCAGCGUGCAGAACAAUGUCGACGGAAUCACUUUCAACUUCCGCGCGAAGCUGCUCGGAUCACAGCCAGCCGUCAACGGCCAUCUUCAUGUCGUCGAUCGACUUCUGAUGCUGCCGGACUCAACUGCUGAUGUUUUGCGAUCCACGGCCACAUUCGGGAUCUUCCGCCAGGGACUCAUUGACACCGGCCUUGCAGAAGUGAUCAAUGAUACAUCAACACAUACGGCACAGACUGUAUUCGCGCCGUCCGACGCCGCAUUCCGCAAACUAGGCCGAAAGGUCAAUGCUUUUCUUUUCGGCCCUGGUGGGCGCGCAUACCUCAAAGCUUUGCUUUCGUACCAUGUCGUCUCGAACGAGACGUUGUUCUCUGAUGUUCUAUUUCCCACGAAGAAUGGGGAGCAGAUUGUUCUUGAUCUCAAGUCUGCCUCGAAUGAUGUUUCGCUCUCUACUCUGGCUCGUGGUCAUGAGGUUUCUGUCCGCUCGGUUCGACACACUAGUGGUGAUCGCCGGGUACUUUCGGUCAAUGAUGAGUGGGAGGUGAGUCGGCCGGAUAUUGUGGUUAUGGAUGGUGUGGUUCAUGAGAUGGCUGAUGUGAUAUUGCCGCGGAUUAUGGACGGGGAGGAUCAGUUGGAGAAACAGCGUGGUUGGUGGUCGAUUGUGUCUCGUUCUUUGAAUGUCGGGGGAAUUACAGUAGAAGAUCUUAUGGAGCGGCUUCAGCCACUGAUCGAAAACGAGUGA